AUGGACCCCCUGCUUAUGACGAAAGUCAUAUUCAACGACCUCGUUAUCCCCAAUCCAGUCACCGUCGGGAACGUGACAAUUGAUGUAGUUAAAGACUACAUCUAUCUUAGCCAAAAAACUCAACUUAGCCGGGAUAACUUCAACAGGGAGAUCGACAGACGUAUUCGACUAUUCUGGGCUAAAAUCACGAGACCCCGUUCAAUAUUCACCAGUGCAGCUUUGAAUGUCUCGGAGAUUUGGACUCUCACUGGCCGGAUAGCGAACGAUGGA